CGGCGGCAGCGGGAGCGGUGCGCUGUGCCCGCGUCCCGCAAGCCGCGGCGGAGCCGUGUGAGCAGUGCUGCUCGGCGGAGAGGCAGCGGGAGGUUGUCUCUGGUGGGAGGAGCAGGCUGGAAAACCCAAGCGCUCUCGCUCGCCCGCUCCAAACCGCUUGGGAGAGAAAAUCCGUGUAACUGCCUAGAGGAGGAACAUCUGAUCAGGCAAGUUGGACUGGCCUGCACCAACCUCCAUGGAGGACCGCAGUGUGUGUUCCACUCACGCACCAGCUGGGAACAAGGCGAGCCUCAGGGAAACAAGCCAUGAGAGCCACAUCCCUAGUGCUGAAGUUCUUGAAGCAAUAGAAAAUGUUAUUCUAGAUGUACUUAAGAGCUUGGCCCAAAACAGAGCACCUGUACUCACGGUGGCUAGGCGAUCAGAUUGGAGAAACAUAGAAUUUAAAGAUUCUGUAGGUCUACAGAUGAUACCACAUUAUACUACAAAACAAAUAAGAAGUGACUGCCCUAGAUCAGCACCAAAAUUCGCUCUGAUGCUCAAAAUACUAUCUAUGAUCUACAAGAUGGUGCAGAGCAAUACUUAUGCAACUAAAAGAGAUAUAUAUUAUUCAGAUAUACUACUGUUUGGUAGCCAAAGUGUUGUGGACAACAUAAUCAAUGACAUUUCUUGCAUGCUUAGGAUACCUCGGAGAAGUCUACAUGUACUGUCUACAACUAAAGGUUUUGUGGCUGGUAAUUUAAGUUAUACCGAGGAAGAUGGUACAAAAGUGAAUUGUAGCUGCAGUGCAACAGCAGUCACUGUGCCAUCUAAUGUUCAAGGAAUUAAAAAUUUAAUCUCACAUGCCAAAUUUAUGUUAAUUGUAGAAAAAGAUGCAACUUUUCAGAGACUCCUCGAUGAUGACUUCUGCAACAAAUUGUCCCCAUGUAUAAUGAUUACGGGAAGAGGUAUACCAGAUCUUAACACACGACUUCUGGUCAGAAAGCUAUGGGAUUCUUUUCAGAUUCCUAUUUUCACCCUUAUGGAUGCAGAUCCACAUGGUGUAGAAAUAAUGUGCAUCUACAAAUAUGGAUCUGUGUCCAUGUCUUUUGAGGCCCAUCAUCUCACCGUUCCGUCUAUAAAAUGGCUUGGUCUCCUUCCAUCUGAUCUCCAGAGAUUAAAUAUACGCAAAGACGUCCUGAUUCCAUUUACAAAGCAAGAUCAAAAUAAGUUAGCAAGUAUACAGAAGAGACCUUACAUUGCUUGUCAGCCAACAUGGAAAAAAGAACUGGAAAUUAUGGAAGCAUCUAAGCUGAAGGCUGAAAUUCAAGUUCUAACUUCUCUUUCAUCAGAUUACCUUUCCAGAGUCUAUUUACCAAACAAACUACAAUUUGGUGGAUGGGUAUGAAUGCUUGUUUGCAAGUGAAAUGUUUUUCCGGUAUUGUUGACUGCUCUUAGAAA